AUGGCUGGAAACUACUUUGCUUCGCACUUUUUCAUGGGAGGUGAGAAAUUUGACACCCCCCACCCUGAAGGUUACCUCUUUGGAGAAAACAUGGAUCUGAAUUUCCUGGGCAAUCGCCCAGUCCAGUUUCCUUACGUCACCCCCGCCCCCCAUGAGCCAGUGAAGACACUGAGGAGCCUGGUGAACAUCCGAAAGGACUCCCUGCGGCUUGUGAGGUACAAAGAUGGUACAGACAGCCCCUCCGAGGACAGUGAGAAGCCCCGUGUCCUCUACAGCCUGGAGUUCACCUUUGAUGCCGACGCCCGGGUGGCCAUCACCAUCUACUGCCAGGCGGUGGAGGAGUUCCUGAAUGGGACUGCGGUGUACAGCCCCAAGAGCCCCGCCCUGCAGUCUGAGACCGUCCACUACAAGAGAGGGGUGAGCCAGCAGUUCUCCCUGCCCUCCUUCAAGAUCGACUUCUCCGAGUGGAAGGAUGAUGAGGUAACCUUCUGGCCAGGCCCCCCUUUCCCGGGCCCCUUUCCCAAAUUCCCUCCCCCUUGUGGCGGGGGACGAGCACCUCGGGGCCUGUCUGUUCAGAUUCCUUGCGUGGUUGAUAAGCAUCAGGAUGGGGGCUGGCAAGUGCCCAGAUUCCUCUCUCUUCUCCAGGUGGACCGGGUCAGCUACCUGCUGCAGGAGAUCUACGGCAUCGAGAACAAGAACAACCAGGAGACAAAGCCGUCGGACGAGGAGAACAGCGACAACAGCAGCGAGUGUGUGGUGUGCCUGUCGGACCCGCGGGACACGCUGAUCCUGCCCUGCAGGCACCUGUGCUUGUGUAACUCGUGCGCGGACACGCUGCGCUACCAGGCCAGCAACUGCCCCAUCUGCCGGCUGCCCUUCCGGGCCCUUCUGCAGAUCCGGGCGGUGAGGAAGAAGCCGGGAGCCCUGUCCCCUGUUUCCUUCAGCCCUGUUCUGGCCCAGAACAUGGACCACGACGAGCAUUCAGUAAGUGCCUUUUUCUUCUGUGUUGGGGGGUGUGGGGCAGAGAGAGGAGGGGGUCUGGAGGAAGCCCCUGCCCACUUGCAGAGCCUAUCAGGUGUCCACAUGCCCUCAGGGCUUACCUUCGUGGUAGGAUGGCUUCAGGUUCCCAGUGGGGCCGUGUCGUGAGGCCCUGGUCGGUGGCCAGAAGGAAGGGCAGGGCCAGACUGUCUCCCUCUCUCUGCCUGCCGGCUCCCUGGGCCUCCUCUGCCUGGUGGGCCAGCGGUGGUCCCCACAGGUGGUGGUGAAGUGGAAGGGGUGACCCAGGCUGGGCCCAGUGAGCCCCGGGUCCCGAGAGUGUUGUUGUUUUCGCCGAGAGCAAGGGCCAUCUGAUGGCUCGCAACCCUGCCUUGAGUGUGUCCGUCACCGUCACCGUCAUUCUACCAGCCUGACAGCCAGGGCCACUGCAUGGGUCCUAGGAGGUGAGGUCUCGCCCAGUGGGCAGCUGCCA